AAGUAAAACUGAGUAAUCUCUGACCCUUUGCUGCUACCGAACACAACGGGACAGCUACUAAGAUUGUGUGUGGAAAGGAGCAGAAGGAUAUCUGUGGCAGAUCUGUGGCAGAAACAAGUCUCAACUUCCAGAGCAGUUGGGUUUGCAUCAUGCUCAGAACUCAGGCCUUUGUGUUCUCCCUUCUCCUGGGACUGAAACUCCCCAAAGCAAAAGGCAACUGUAACUUUACAGAGUCCCAACGUCACUGUGUUUGUUCACUAGAGGCGAAUAACUUCAUUCAGUGCCUUCCAGCCACCACAUACGAGCUUCGAGGAGGAAAUCUGGAACAAUUUUCAGGUUCUUCUGGAAUCAAGCCAAACUCACAGAUAACUGAUAUUCUGGAGGCCCUGCUAGUUCGCAAGCUCAUAUUUACAGACCUCAUUGUGCCAGAGGUUCUCUUGCCAGGGUCCCUGCAUUUCCUUUCCUACACUCAGGUCUCAGAACUUGAAUUUGUAAACUGUACUUUCCUUAGAGCCGAUCACUGGAGACUCUCAGGUUGGCUGGACCUGAAGGUUUCUUCCUUGCGCUUUCACAAAGUGACCACUGCCCCUCUGGAUGACAGGCUGAACAUGUCCCGCCUGAGAAGGUGGCUGGAGACCCUGCAGAACCUGACGGUUACAGAGUCGCAAGUCACAUCUGUCCCGUGCGAAAUUAGCAAGAUGUUCACAGCGUUGCAUUUGCUGGAUGUUUCGGGAAACAAUUUCCAGGACCAAACCAUGAAGUCAACAUUCUGCAAAGGGGUUUUCCUGCAACUCCAGAUCUUAAAACUCCACCACAACAAUCUGACUUCUUUUGAGACUGUGUGCAAGACUCUUGGUCAUCUCAAGAUGCUCACUCACUUAGACCUAAGUCAGAAUAACUUUCAGCCCCGAGUCUUUUCCUCCUCCUCCUGCACGUGGCCACAUUCACUUCAUAUUUUUAAUUUGUCCAACACAGGGUUAGAGCAAAUAGACAGCUCUCUGCCACCCAACAUUGAGAUAUUAGACCUGAGUGCCAAUAACAUUUUUACCCUUGACCUCUCACUCCCUGGCUUGAAAGAGCUCUACCUGUCCAAAAACAGGCUGCAAACUGUUCCCUCACUUGACAGGCUUCCUAGUCUGCAGGUCCUCAGUCUUGAUCAAAACCAGAUCUCGCAACUUCCCGGCAAGCGUCUCCAGCGUCUGCAGAGCUUGAAAGCUGGCCACAAUCUCUACAAUUGUUCUUGUUCCGGGGAUAUUCAGGACUUAGCAGCAGCAAAACCAUCAUUGCUGCCUGAUUGGCCUCAGGAUUAUACAUGCAAUUCCCCUCUCGAUUACCAGGGCUCCCUGGUAAAAAAUGCACAUUUUUCAUCACUGCGGUGCAAGGCUCUGGUCAGUCGUGGCUCAAUAUUCAACUUGCUGAUAUGCCUUCACCUUGUUUUUUUGUUUGCUUUCGGUGCUACAAUUUCCGGACAUUUCGUUUCAGCAAUUCUGAACCGUUGGGACUCGUCAGGGAAGUAACAAGCAGAUCACAAUUGAUUGUGGCAUAAAUUAAGUGUAAGCUACUUGACUGGGCUAGAUUUUAAUCGUAUUUGUACAUUUUGUACUGUAUUUUAUGAUACUACUAUACACUGCCUGUGUGGUGUAUAGUGGUCAGACGUGGGAGACCAGGGUUCAAAUCCCCACUCUCAAUGAAGUGCACUAGGUGAGCUUGGGACAGUCAUUAUCACUCAGCCUAGCCUACCUCACAGGGUUGUUGCAGGGGAUUCAAUGAGG